AUGGCGGAAAAAGUAAACGGCGUCCUGCCCUACAAGGGCGGCACCUAUUACCUCUGGCACUAUGUCCCGUCUCUGCCCGGCGCCAUCAUCUUCCUUAUUCUCUUCAUAGUCGCCGCCAUCGCUCAUAGCUACCGCAUGUUCCGUUUCCGCCAAUGGUUCUACAUCCCAUUCAUCUUAGGAUGUAUCUUCGAGGCAAUCGGAUACGUAGGCUUCGCCCUAGCCCACGACAAGACAGACCAGCUCCUCCCGUUCAUCAUCCAGUCCGUCUUCAUCCUGGUCGCGCCCGCCCUCUUCGCCGCAACAGUCUACAUGAUCCUGGGCCGGCUGAUAGCACGCGUGCCGUCGGGGCCGUCAUGCAGCCUGAUCCGCCCCAGCUGGCUGACCAAGGUAUUCGUGUUCGGCGACGUCUUCUCCUUCCUGCUGCAGUCGAGCGGCGGCGGCAUGAUGGCGAUGGAGGGCAAGCAGGACCUGGGGCAGAACAUCCUGCUGGUGGGCCUGUUCGUGCAGAUCGUCAUGUUCGGGCUGUUCGUCAUCGUCGCCGUAGCCUUCCACGUGCGGUACUCGCGCAUGCUGGCGGUGUCGGGCGCCUACGGCAGCAGCGGCGGCCACCGCGCCCCCGCCGGCAUCCCCUGGCUCAAGGUCCUGUACAUGCUGUACGCCGUCAGCCUGCUCAUCAUGGUGCGGUCCAUCUUCCGCGUCAUCGAGUACCUCCUCGGCCAGGACGGCUACCCGCUCAACAACCAGUGGACGCUUUUCAUCUUCGACUCGCUGCUCAUGUUCCUCGUCACCGCGCUCUUCUUCUUCAUGUUCCACCCCAAUGACAUGGUCGGCAAGGACCAAGAUGGCGGCUACGACGAGGUGGGGACUUCCACCAGCGUCGAGAUGCCCCUGCGGCAAAAGCCAUAG